AUGGUCGCCAAUGAUAUCAAAUCUAAUUUGGAGAUUGAUCAUGCACGCCCUAUGAAGGUGAUUGUAAUCGGGGCCGGUAUUUCUGGCAUCCUGGCUGCAAUACGCUUCACGCAGCGUAUCCCAAAUCUUGGUCUCGUCGUGUACGAUAAAAACCCCGAAGUCGGCGGCACCUGGUACGAGAACCGGUAUCCUGGGGUAGCAUGCGAUGUGCCGUCCCAUGUGUACCAGGCUUCAUUUGAGCCCAAUCCCAACUGGUCUCAGUUCUACUCCUCCGGCAACGAAAUUCUGCAAUACUGGAAAGGAAUCGUCGAGAAGUACGAUGUCAGAAAGUACAUGAAGCUCAACCACAAAAUUGUUGAAGCUCGUUUCGACGACUCGCAGUCCAAGUGGCACGUUGCAGUCGAGAACUGCAGUUCUGGAGAGGUCAUUCAUGACACCUGCGACGUACUCUAUGCAUGUAUAGGAGCUUUGAACGACUGGAAGUGGCCCGACAUUUCGGGUCUUUCCAGUUUCAAAGGCAAGCUUCUGCAUAGUGCUUCGUGGGAUGAGAGCUGGAAUCCAGAGGGUCUCUCUGUUGCAGUGAUUGGUUCUGGGUCCAGUGCGAUCCAGAUCGUCCCUGCUAUCCAGCCCAAGACCUCUCGGAUUGAUAAUUAUGUUCGAGGUCAGACUUGGAUUGCUCCUCCAUGGGCUGCAACAGAAGUCCGGAAGCAUACUGCGACUGGAUCGAACUUUAAGUUCACAGCUGAAGAGCUGGAAGACUUCAGGAGCAAUCCAGACUCGCUCCUGGCAUACAGAAAAAGACUGGAAACCGAGGUCCAAUCCAUGACGAAGCAUUUGUUCCGUGGUCAGCUUGCUGAGAAGGCAGCUUCUGACUUCAAGCAACACAUGACGAAGUUACUGGAGAAGAAGCCCGAAAUUCUGAACAAAAUUCUCCCUUCGUUCUCGCCUGGUUGCCGUCGCAUCACACCUGGCCCUGGAUACCUCGAAGCAUUGACCGAGGACAACGUAUCUUUCAUCUCGGACAAUAUCUCCAAGAUUACCGAAGAUGGAAUCGUCACAGCUGACGGAACUUUACGAAAAGUGGAUGCUAUCAUCUGCGCAACCGGAUUCGAUACGAGCUUCUCGAAAAGAUUCCCAAUCUAUGGCAGCGGAGGCUUGGACCUUGGCGAGAGGUGGAAGAAUUACCCCGAUACCUAUCUCAGCUUGAGCACUCACGGUGCACCUAAUCUCUUCUUCGCUCACGGUCCUAGCUCUGGAAUUGGUGUAGGAUCUCUAACCAUUGUCCUGGAGCGAACCUGCGACUAUGUUUGUUCGGUUAUUGCAAAGAUGCAAAAAGAUCGCAUCGCCACAAUCCAGCCAAAAAAAGCGGCCUGCGACUCUUUCAGACGGUACUGCGACGAGUUCUUCAAGAAAACUGUUUUCUCACUGCCCUGCCGAUCGUGGUACAAGCGCGGCACCGAAGACGGACCGGUCACCGCACUUUGGCCGGGGUCGUCUCUGCAUUUCGUGAAAGUCUUGGAGAAGCCUCGGUUUGAAGACUAUGACUACAUCUAUGUUGGGGGUGAUGACAUGUCCUGGAUUGGAAAUGGUCUCACGAUGGCUGAAUCGGACUCGAGUGUGGAUAUGACAGCCUAUCUCAACCCGGAGAACAUUGACUAUCCUCGUUCUCCAAGUCAAGUUUGA